AUAGAAUGGCAGAGAAUAUGAGAGAAGUAGGUAUGAAAGCAGAAGUAUACAUCAAGGAAGAAAUCUCCCCAUCUUCUAGUUUUGAGCAAACAUUAUCUGAGUAUGAACCUGCAGAAUAUAACAUUGAGAUUACGGAAAUUAAAGAUGAAAAGCAUAUGCUGAAAGAAGAACCUGGGUCUGAUAUGGAAGAUACGUGUACAGUACAUGUAAAGGAAGAAGAAGAGAUGGAAAGCAGCGAAAUGAAAGAAGAAACUUUCGAAAACGAAGAAAAUCCUCUUUCCUUUGAACAAAAGAUGGACCUGAAAAUAAUAAGUUACCCAUGUAGUGAAUGUGAAUAUGUGGCAACUCAAUCCGGAAAUCUGAGAAAGCAUAUUAAGCAUAAACAUGAAGGAGUGAUAUAUCCCUGUGUACAUUGUGAAUAUGUUGGCACUCAUUCAAGUAAUCUAAAGAAACAUGUAAAAAUUAAACAUGAGGGGGUGAGAUAUCCCUGUGAUAAAUGUGAAUACGCUGGAAGUUCAACAGCUGAAUUGAUGAGACACAAUGAAAGUAAACAUGAAGGAGUUAUUUAUCCAUGUGACAUUUGUGAAUAUGCUGGAACUUCAGUAAUGUAUUUGAAGAGGCAUAUUAAACACAAACAUGGUGGAUUGAAGUAUCCUUGUGCCCAGUGUGAUUACGUUGCGACAAUGGUAAGUACUUUAAGGAGACACAUUGAAAGUAUACACGAAGGAAUAAGAUAUCCCUGUGACCAUUGUGAACACUCUGCCACAACAGCAGGGAGACUGAAGAUACAUAUUGAAAGUAAACACGAAGGGGUGAGAUAUCCUUGUGAUAAAUGUGAAUUUACUACUACCACACGAGGUCAACUGAAGAUCCACAUUGCAAAUAAACAUGAAGGAGUGAAAUAUCCCUGUGAUCAGUGUGAGUAUAAGGGCAACAAAAAAUGGGAUUUGAAGAAACAUAUUGAAAACAAGCAUGAAGUAUUUUUGAAAUAUCACUGCGACCUAUGUCCAUAUGCGUCGACUCAAAAGGGUGUGCUAAAGAGACACAUAGAAAGCAAGCAUGAAAUACUAAAAUUUUCCUGUGAAGAGUGUGAUUUUGCUGCCCCGACAGCAAGUAGUCUAAGAAGACACAUUCAAAAUAAACAUGACGGAGUUAGGUAUCCAUGUUCAGUGUGCGAAUUCUCUGCUACGGAAGUAAGUAGUUUAAAGAGACAUAUUCAGAAUAAACACGAGGGAUUAAGAUAUCCAUGUGAUACGUGUGGGUAUGCUGCCACCCAAUCAAGUUCUCUGAUAAGACACAAAAAGAAUAAACAUAAUAUUUAAACUAUAUAAUCUGAGAACAGUGUCAUCGGGGUUUCUAAAGUUUGGGGUUUACUUAUAUAAAAUAAACAGGUUCAUUUACCCUAAAAUGUAAUUUCAAGUGAAUAGUGUCAUGACCGAUUCACAAAGCAAUGCCUGAUCAGUAACGAAGGAUAUAUUCAUGAUUUAUCUUUUUCAUUAUUAUUUCUUUGCAAAAGGGAAUUGUGAAUUUCUCGCGAAGAUACAAUGGACUAAAUCUUGAGAACUAAAAACUGUUGAAGGUAGAAAAACGACAAUAUCUCUCACAUUGUUAAUCAGAUAAAGGUUUAAAGGGUACCGUUAAAAAUGGGGCAUUUAAA